UAUCUUCUUUCCGCGUGCCCGACACUCCACGGAAGUUCCCUUUUUUUGACUCUACUAUGGAUCCUGAAUUCCUUUGCAGCUCCCUCAUUAAGUUUCUUCGGUUUUAGAGGAGAUGGGGUGGUUUAGUCUAUCAUGGCGAUUUGCUACUUUGAUUUUGCUCUGUUGGGAGUUGGAAAUCGCUGCUGCUGUCAGCGUUGAAGGUAAGGCUCUGUUGAGGUUGAAGGAGAAGUUGGUGGAUCCGUUCGGCGUUAUAGCGGAUUGGAAUGAGGAGGGCGCUUCUGAUCCAUGGUCGUUGUGUGGUGCGGAAUGCACUGAUGGAAGAGUUGCGUCUCAGAAUGCCGACAAUGGUGUUGCACGGAAACUUUUGCAAGUGGGUUGGAAAGGAAAAAAACAGUAUCGUAGUAACGAGAUCACUCAGAAAAGUUCUUCAUCGCCAACCCAUUUUCCAUCUUCCCAGGAAUUGAUACAUCAAUCAAGGCCAUCUUUGCCACCAUUACCAUCUAGUGCUGCUAUACCUUUGCCAAUUUUCCUCCCACCGUUUCCUAGCAAUAACGUUCCAGCAAGUCAACCUUCACCUUCUCCUAGUGAUUUUCUUGCCCCUGCACCCUCUGCUUCACCAACAAGUGAGGUUCCUGCUCUUGCUCCAAUUUUCAGCCUUAAUCCUACAAUUUUGGCUCCUAACCCUUCUCAGUCAUUACCUUCUCCAACCAUAAGCCCUUCAUCAGUAAGAGAGACUAAUCAAGGAAAACAUACAAUCUCUCGGACUGUAUACAUUUCAAUAAUUGGUGGAGUUUCCUUUCUUCUUGCCUUGACCAUAUUUUUUGUUUUCUGCUGCCGAGCCAACAAGGUUGUCACUGUCAGGCCUUGGUCAACAGGACUAAGUGGGCAGUUACAAAAGGCAUUUGUGACAGGUGUACCAUCACUUAAACGAUCAGAAAUUGAGAUAGCUUGUGAGGAUUUCAGCAAUAUUAUCGGAUCUUUACCCGACUGCAAGUUCUACAAAGGAACCCUUUCCAGUGGAGUAGAAAUAGCAGUGGUGUCUACUCUGAUAGCAUCUUCAAAAGAUUGGUCAAAACAAUGUGAAUCCCAAUUUAGAAAGAAGUUAUCAACACUUUCUAAGGUGAACCACAAGAAUUUUGUCAAUCUUCUCGGCUACUGUGAGGAAGAGGAACCUUUCACCAGGAUGAUGGUAUUUGAAUAUGCUCCUAAUGGAACGCUAUUUGAGCAUUUGCAUGUAAAAGAAGCAGAACACUUGGACUGGGCUACACGGUUGCGGAUAGCCAUGGGCAUAGCAUAUUGUCUCGAUCACAUGCACCAGCUUAGUCCUCCUCUGAUCAUGAAAAACUUGGACUCAUCUUCCAUAUACCUAACGGAGGAUUAUGCUGCGAAGGUUUCAGAUAUCAGGUUCUGGGUUGAAUCUGAAGAAGCCAAGUCACCACCUUCUCAUUUUUCAGGCACCUUGGAGGAGCCAAUACUAGAGCCGAAGAACACUGUCUAUGCUUUUGGAUUAUUACUAAUAGAGAUACUAUCAGGCAGAAUUCCAGCAUCUGGAGAUGUCCUGCUUGAGUGUUGGGCUUCAUGUUAUCUUAAUGGCAACAGACCUGUAAAAGAAAUGAUGGAUCCGACACUCACCUUUUUUCGUGAAGAGGAUGCAAUUGCUUUGUGUAAGGUGAUAAGGUCCUGUAUCAAUCCAGACCAUCAGGAGAGACCAUCAAUGUCAAAGAUUGUUAACAUACUGAAAGAUAUAACAUUAAUGACCCCAGAUCGUGCAGUACCAAUGGCAUCACCUCUUUGGUGGGCGGAGCUUGAGAUUCUCACUUCAGAGGCGAACUAGAGAAGGUAAUUGUAGCUGAAACUGAGUGGUGAUGAUUCUUUUGUUUGUUUGAUGUUUGAUUCUUUUAAUAUCCUGAGUUUGUGUGUAUUGCUUUUCCAGUGAAAGUUUGUCCUGAUUGAUGUACAUUGAGAGGUUUGGCUGCUGAUUGUUUUGUCGCAUUUUAUAUGUGUGCACAAGUUUGACAUGCCUAUGUUCAUGUUUGGAGUACUGACAAAGAUGGCAGUGUGGUUGAGAUA